UUUAGGGCUUUGAAGAUUAGCGAGAGAAGCGAUGGCGUCGUCGUCGUCCAGCGCCGAGGAGGAGCUCGCGAUGGUGGAGCGAUUUCUCACUCGCCUGGUGUUCACCGAGGAUGCGCAGCUGGAGAAGGUGUUGUCUAAGCUCCUCCCCUACGCGAUCUCGCUCAUGUCAUCGAGCAGCAAUGCCACCAGAGUCAAGGUGACUGAAAUGCUGAGCCACAUCAAUAAGCGUGUCAAGGAGCAACUUUCUAUCAAGUUGCCGCUUGCAGAGCUCCUCGGUGUCUACAGGCGGCCCGAUGCGGCGGUGAUCGUGAAGAACUUCUCGCUGGUUUACAUUGAGAUGGCAUUUGAUCGAUCCACCUCUGAAGAACAAAUAGCCAUUGUUCCUGAGAUGCUCACUGGGCUCGCAUCUUUUCCUCCGCUGCAUAGGGAUAUAUUUUUAAGGACUACUGCCAAGGCUUUAGAGAAGCUUUCUUCGGAUCGAGUCUUUGAGGGUGUAGCAACAAAGCUGAAGGCUUGUCUUUCGUCCCAAGACUACCCGAUCUUGUUCGAAUUUAUUUCCCAAACCUUGUUAUAUCAAGUUCCAUCGGCUUCUCAAGAAGGAGUUCCACCACCAGGUCUUUCGUUGGCGCAGGUGGCUCGUGUGUGUGGUAAAACGCCGAUCCAAAGCGACCACCUUGUUCCUCGAAAGAUGGGAUUCCUCAAUCUAAUUGCGAAGAUGGAAGUUGCGCCCCAAGAUGUUUAUUUUACUCUGCUUGUUGCUUCCUCAGACAGAAACGAUUUGGUUGCAAAGCGAGGUGAGGAGCUGCUGAAGAAGAAGGCAUCCGGUGUUAACAUGGAGGAUAAAACGUUUGUGAAGAGUCUGUUCACGAUUUUUCUCGGCACCCCCGCUAACGAUCGAGUACCUGCUGAUGGAAAAGUUAGCGCUGCUAGUCCGAUACUGAAGGCUAAGAUCAUGAGCGCGCUUACCCAUUCUGUUGCAGCAGCAAAUAUCUUCCCGAUGACUCUGCAAUGCAUUUUCGACUGUUUCAAUGGACAAGCCACGACCAAAAAACUGAAACAAGCAGGGAUGGAGUUCACCGUGUGGGUUUUUAAGCAUGCCUCUAGCGACCAACUUAAGUUGAUGGCUCCCCUCAUUCUUAGUCACUUCAUCAAGUUUCUUGAUGAAAAGGAAAUAGACCCGGCCAUGUACCCUAUGAGAGUGUUUGGAUAUCAAGCUGUUGGUCAGCUCGCACAACGCGCACCUCAUCUCUUUCGGAGCAAUUCUGACAUGGCAAAGCGUCUUUUUCGUGCGCUGCAAGUGGAAGACGCAUCAAUGCGUGUCACCCUGCAGGAGGCGGUAAAUGCAUUAGCUAUGGCCUAUAAGGACUGCCCGCCAACAGUAGAAAAGGACAUCGAAGAUUUGUUAUUGGAAAACAUGAAUUCUGUUCAAGGGGAAGUUCGGUUUUGUGUCAUUUUCUGGGCAACACGAUUAUAUAAAUCAAGUCACGUUCCAAGUCGCUACCUCUGUAUGUGUGGAGCUGGCGACUCGAAACUUGAUAUAAGGGAGUUGAGCUCAGAGGGGUUGCAAAUCACAAAGGGCUCUGUCAGCAGCAACGCUAACACAUACCCGCCGCUGAAAGAACUGAUGUCCUUCAUCUGCGAAAAGCAGCCUGGCAUUAUGAAGCCGUCUGUUGUCGGGGAACGCAAUCUUCUUUUUCCUCCAAAGGUCUACGUUGCAAUGGUAUCUUAUCUUAUGAAGUGCUACGAGCUUAGAACUCAAGAGGAAGAAGAAAUCGUGUCUUUGCGUUUGCUGUUGGAACAUGGAAUGGCAUAUGAAGGGGUGGCCGAACUUCAUGCUUUGUGCUCUGCCGGACUUCUCACUCUUGCUUCGGAACAACCUACUAAAUUCGCACAACUUUAUGCUGAACGUAUUGACUGGCUAAAACAGUUUCUGGGAAACAUUGAUGUGAAUACUCGUGAGUCUAUCAGUCGACUAUUGGGAAUCGUGAUCGGUGGAUUAGAUCCUCUGCAAGCUUCGGAUUUGCUGAAAAGUUUUGUCGAGGGAACCACAAAAAAUCGGUUCGAAAAUGCACAUGGUUCGAUAUGUUCAGCAGGCUAUGCAUUGGCUCAAUGUAGGACUGGAGUUCCUUCUGUUUCCGAAGACGUGCAGCAAAAUACGACCAGAGUUCUCAUUCGACUUCUUGGGUCUGAGAAAUUUCAACUAGGAGGAUUUGCCGCAGAAGCGUUGGGCCAUGCUGGUCUGCGUGCUCCACUGGCAGUUCCUCUUGGAGACUUAAGUAAAGAAGAAGAAGUACAAGAAGGAAACGAAACUUUAGCGACCGUUUUCACUCACUUCAAAAAGCUUCUUCUGUCUCAAGAAGCUAAAGUUGUCCAGAGAACUGUGAUCGCUAUUGGACACCUAUGUUUUGGUAAUCCUCUACCUGAGCUUCUUGAUCUUGCAGUUGAAAUGCUCUUCCAGCUAAAGAGGUCUAAGGUUGAAGACGUUCUUAUUUCAGUGGGCGAAGCGAUGGCCUUCAUCUGGGGUGUUAUUCCCGUCGACGUAGAUACAAUUCUGCGAUCAAAUUUUGUGUCGUUGUCACACUCGACCAAUUUUUUCAGCGACGACCCUGCGUCUGUCGAGGACCGUAGUGCAAAGGCUGUGGAUAUUAACGACCAACGCAAAACUUCUAGAGACAAGAUUCUCAAGGUGCUGCUUGAUGAGCUCAUAUUUAGUAGCAGAAAGGAGGAGCGUUGUGCUGGAUCCGUCUGGCUACUGUCUCUUGUAAUCUACUGUGGACGUCAUCUGCAAAUCCAGGCUUUGCUUCCAAAAAUUCAGGAGGCAUUUUCUUAUUUACUGGGAGAGCAAAACGAGCUUACUCAAGAAAUGGCAUCACGUGGUAUGAGUGUUGUUUAUGAACUCGGUGACGCUGCUACGCGGGAGGAGCUUGUGAAGGCGCUUGUGGGGACUCUUUCCGGCACAGCAAAGAAGAAAAGACCAAUCAAGUUGAUGGAGGAUACAGAGGUUUUUGCAGAGGGAAGUAUUGGUGAAGCUCCAGGUGGUGGAAAUAUUAGUACGUACAAAGAGCUUUGCAACCUGGCGAACGAGAUGGGGCAACCAGAUCUCGUGUACAAGUUUAUGGACCUUGCAAACUAUCAGGCUUCGUUAAACUCAAGACGGGGAGCAGCUUUUGGAUUCGCAAAAAUUGCCAAACGUGCUGGUGAUGCCUUGGAGCCGCAUUUGCGUGGACUCGUGCCUAAACUUUUUCGCUAUCAACAUGAUCCGAACAAAAAUAUUCAGGAUGCAAUGGGACACAUUUGGAGGUCUCUUGUGGCCGAGCCAAAGAAAACGAUCGACAUGUUUUAUGUCGAUAUAAUGGAAGACCUCUUAGUGAACGCAGGUUCGAGGUUAUGGCGAUCUCGAGAAGCAGCAUGUGCGGCGUUGGCAGAUCUAAUACAAGGUCGCAAGUUCCCAGAGGUUGAAAACUAUCUGUUGAAAAUGUGGACAAUGGCUUUCCGAGCGAUGGAUGACAUCAAAGAAACUGUCAGAAGUGCUGGAGGAAUUCUAUGCCGGGCUCUCAGCUCAUUAACUUUGAGACUUUGUGACACCUCUCUUACAGCUGACUCUGAAGCGCGUGCAGCAAUGGGCAUUGUGCUACCUCUUUUACUUUCCAGUGGCAUCUCGAGCUCAGUAGCCGAAAUACAACUGCUCUCUACCAACUUGGUGAUGAAACUUGUAAAGAAUGCGGGACGAGCUAUAAGGCCUCAGUUGCCUGACCUGGUGAUUUGUAUGCUGGAAAGUCUUUCGAGUCUUGAGGACCAGCGCUUAAACUACGCUGAAAUGCAUGCAGAAAGACUGGGCAUAAGUACAGAUAAACUUGACAGCGCGAGGUUCUCUCUCGCAAAAGACUCUCCAAUGUGGGACACGCUGGACUUUUGCCUGCGUCAGAUAGAUGAAGAAACUCUUGAAUCUCUUGUUCCGCGUUUGGUUCAAUUGGUACGGUCCGGCGUGGGGCUAAAUACAAGGGCUGGUGUCGCAAGGUUUAUUGCUUUAUUGUCACAGCAAGUAGGCUCCGAUUUGAGGCAGUAUGCCGGACCCAUUAUGAAGGUUUUGAUCCCUACAGUGAUAUCAGAGAAAAGCACAGCCGCAAAGAAAGCCUUUGCAGCUGCGUGCGCAGCAGUAAUGAAGGUUUCCGGCGAUCGUUUGUUGGAGCAACUUAUAGCUGAUAUUGUUGGUUUUUACAAAUCCGGAGACAAGGACUCCAGAAUUGCCAGCGGACUUUUGCUUAAGGAGCUCUCUCGUCAAGCCAGUGACGGGCUCAAGCAACAAGCUACACUUGUUCUUCCUGUGGCCUUUAUCGGGAGAUUUGACGAAGAGAAGUCAGUGAGAUCCGAUUUCGAGGAGGUCUGGGAGGAAAAUACCAGUAGCCAGACCGUAGCACUUCAACUGUACAUGCUCGAAAUUAUGCCACUUCUUCUCGAUGGCCUUGCAACGUCAUCUUGGACUCGAAAGCAGCAGAGUGCAAAAGCUGUUAUCAAAGCCGUGGAGGUUACUGGAGAAGCAGCAGAGCCAUUCGCUCAGCAACUUAUGAAGAGUCUUCUCAAUGAGCUGCGUGGUCGCACUUGGGAGGGAAAAGAAUGCAUUUUUGAGGCGAUCUCUGCACUUUGUAAAGGCUGUCCGAAGGUUUUCACAAACAUGUCCGAACAAGCGGACUUCAUUAGUCCCAGCACAGUGGUUGAGACUGUAAUCGCCUCAUUUUCUCGGAAAAAGAGCUCUUUUCGCGCUGCGGGAUACUCCUGCUUGGAAAAGGUUGUAGAGGCUUUUAGUGACUGUGAUCUGUUCAAACUGGUUGCUUCAGCUGUUCUCGACGAGCUGGCCGCUAAGGACACUGCUGACUCGGAGAAAUCAGCGGAUGAACCGAGCAAAGGAUCAACGCAUUUUGAACAAGCUUUUUCUUGCCUCACUGCCAGCCUAAAGUCCAGUGCCGACUCCACCGUACUAGAAUACGCGGAGAGAGUUAUCGCGUCUUUGCUAAGAGGCAUGAACAGCAGCUCUUGGCAAGUGAGGCUAGCGGCGCUUCACUCCACUCAAGCCUUCGCAGAGAAGUGUCCUGGGGGAGUUGCGGAUGAACAGUCCCAGGAGAAACUGAUUCCACCUAUCUUGGACUGCGUAUCCAACGUCAAGGUCUCUCAGGUUCAUAUCUCGGCUCUGGAGUGCUUGAAAGCAACGCUGCGAGCAAUCCUCUCGGUAUCAAGCUUGGGACCCGACACUGCCCGGAAGCUCGAAGCGCGAUUGAGAGAGUUCCUCAGCGUCGAGAAGAACGUCAAUGGACGCUCGCUAAUCUCCGACAUGAUUGGCCUUCUCAUGGCCAAUUCGUCGCAAUCCAUGCCAGUGGACUGAAAGGAUAAAAGUUCGAGAUUUUACCAGUACGGCCAGGGGUUUUUACCAAGUACGGAGCUCUGUAAUAUACAAGCGUUAUUUAACCCGCCAGUAAGUUGGCAGCUAUGACAUGCA